AUGGUGCGAGAAUAUGACUGGGGCCGAAACCCGCGGAAACUCUACAGCGAGUGUGCCCAGGGGCCGCUGCUCCCCACCUCCAAGGGGUGCUGGAGACGAAGAGUCCCUCGGCCGGGCUGGUCGCAGAGACAGCAGCUGGCCCCAAGUGCGGUGGGAGGCUCGGUCCGGCUGGCCGCGGCGGGCCCCGCGCAGCAGUCCUGCGGGGGCUCACUGCAUCUUCACUCCGCCAGACACCGGGGACUCGCGCUCGGCGGGCUCAGUGUCCAGGCUGGCUUGGCCAGGGCAGCGCUGGGCUCCGAGGGCAGGGGGCGCGCAUGGUCGGCUCUGGGGACCGCCGCUACCUCAUUUCUUCCCUCCGAGGCGGUGUCCAACUCCGCUGCCCGGCUCUCCGCGGUCGGCUGCCCGCCUUUGCAGCGCGCCCUCUCCAGUGCUGCGAGCGAUGGCCGGCUCGCCUGCCUCACAUCCUUGCUGUCCGGGAGGAAGAUCUCGGGUAAAUAUAGGCCGGCGCGAACCAUUCGCCGCGCGGGGACAGGGGAGGAGCAGAGAAGAGAAUCUGUUUCGGGAUCCGACACCGGGCGGAUUCCCAGUCUCUUAAAGGGACCUGGCGACAGCCAUUGCUCGAGGGAGCGGGGAGACCGGUCCAAUCCGGCAAUUACAUCCCAAAUUUAUCAGCAUCUCUUUUGUCUACGGAAAUCACUGGGACCUGGGGUUACCCCGCAGCAAAAGGACUUGAAUCCUGACACUCCACCCCCAGGCUGAAUUGCAACUCGAUGAAUACACAAUUGUAUUCGAUUAAAGAAAGAGAGAGGCACAGAAAACACCAAGGCUUAUCUUUCACUGUCUUGGAGCUCGUAUUCACAGGUAAGCGGCAGACAGUGAAAAGUCAGAUACAUGGUAAGAUGAUUGGAGUGAAUCCUGCAGACUAUCAUCAAUGAAUAAGGGGCUUCCCGAUCCUAACCCCUAGCAAGAUCCCCUCCUGCUGUCGGGCCUCAGAGUAGAGCAAUUUUUUGAGAUACGUA